UUAUGCAGAAUCAAAUACGGGGCUAGGUGCACUUUAAUUUGGCUUAAUAUUUUCCAAGUCCAGCUGAUUCCAUGAAACUCAAGAAAAGAAUUUUAUUUCCAUGUGCUCUGAGAUGGAAAACCGCUGACUUUUCGAUAGUACUUUAUAUACUUUUUCUAUCAUUAGAAAUCACACAUUCAUUUUUAAUCUAGACAUGUACCCGUGUAACAGUCGUAACCCUUGUCGUAAUAAUGGUACUUGUAGCAAUGGUUGUAAUGGAAGAUAUUACUGCUCCUGUCCUAAUGGAUACAGCGGUAGUCAUUGUGAAAUAGGUGAGGUGCGCAUUCAAGGAGGAGGGUCCUCAGGUCGAUUACAAGUUCUUCAUGAUGGACAAUGGGGUACAGUGUGUGAUGAUUACUGGUCCAUGACCAACACCCACGUGGUUUGCCGCCAGCUUGGAUUUGAUGAUGCCCUUUCUUAUCAUAUCAGUGGAGGAGGAACAGGACCGAUAUGGCUUGAUAAUGUACAAUGUUCUGGCAGCGAGAGUGCUAUUCAUCAGUGUAUACAUAAUGGGUGGGGAAAUAGCAACUGUGGUCAUGGUGAAGACGUCUUUGUAUCCUGCUAUCGUGAUGACAUGUACCCGUGUAACAGUCGUAACCCUUGUCGUAAUAAUGGUACUUGUAACAAUGGUAAUAAUGGCACGUACACCUGUUCCUGUCCUUUUGGAUACACUGGUCAAGAAUGUCAGACUUACAUGUCGUGUAGCAGUAGCCCUUGUCGUAACGGAGGCACUUGUUUCAAUGGUAAUAAUAGCACGUACACCUGUUCCUGUCCUUCUGGAUACACUGGACAACAAUGUCAGACUUACAUGCCGUGUAAUAGUAACCCUUGUCGUAACGGAGGCACUUGUUACAAUG